CUUCACACUCACUGUACACGGUGCCUUGCCAUGGUAGUGCUUGAUAAUGCGUAUGAAAUUCUUCAAACAGAGGAAAAAUGGUGGAAGACUGUGAAAAACAAAGCCAUGGCCAAUCAAGUAGAGGAUGCAGAUCUCGUCGUUCGUUUUUUAUAUUCACCAUUUUCCUGGUCCUGUUCCUGUGCUACUACAUUGUCCCCAAUGAAAUCUCAGAAUUCUGGACUGUAACAGUUGGAUUAUUUCUUGCAGAGAACUUUACCAUUAAAAUGGUCAACAAUUUGCUGAAUAAGCCUAUAGCGCCAACAGUGACUUCUGUGGAAGUGUGGAAGCCUCCUGAACCAUAUUAUGUGGCAUACCCACGCAAGUAUAAUUUAGUUUUCAAUGAGCCAGAGAAGUGCCAGAAGGAAAACCCUUUCGUGUUGUUAAUGGUACCAGUAGCUCCAAGCAAUACAGCUGCUCGGGACGCCAUUCGUUCAACUUGGGGAUCAGAGAGGUUAGUUGGGGACAAGACCGUGAGCAUAUUAUUUAUUUUGGGUCUCCCCACUCCAGAAGAAAGAGAAACGCUUCAACAAAAUUUGCUACAUGAAAGUGAGAAGUAUCAUGACCUCAUACAAAGUGAUUUCUGGGACAGUUACUACAAUCUCACCAUUAAGACAAUGGUAAUGCUAGAAUGGCUGACUGUUUACUGUCCAAAUGCCUCCUACGCAAUGAAAGUUGACUCUGAUGUGUUUCUCAAUGUGAAAACCUUAGUCAAUAUGCUUCUGUCUGCUCCAAAGCAGAACUAUAUGACUGGACUUGUGGCUAGGAAUGCAGUGGUUCUGAGAAACCCUCGUUCUAAAUGGUAUCUUCCAAAAACUGUUUAUGAGCCACCUUUUUAUCCACCCUAUGCUCUGGGCUUGGGAUAUAUUUUCACCCUAGACCUGCCAGAAAAACUUGUUAAGGCAGCCCAACUUGUCAAACCAGUUUACAUAGAGGAUGUAUUUCUAGGUCUAUGUAUGACACAUUUAGGAAUUGCACUUACCAAUCCACCUGAUGGAAGCCUAUUCAAUGUCUUCCCUGUAGAAUAUAACCGCUGCCGCUAUUCAAAACUCAUCGCCACAACGACACGAAGCUUGAGAGACCAAGUGGAGUUUUGGAAGGAUUUACAGAGACCGGGUACAAAUUGCUAACAACAAAUAGUUAAAUCUGUGUAAUGGUCACAUGACUUACAUGUAACAAAGCUUGCCUGUCUUUUUAUACACAACCAAAAACAGGCUAUAAGAAAAUCUGGGUUAAUUAUGUGUUUUUGGGUUCACACUGCACAAUUUCGACAAAAUUUCGACAACCUACAGCCAAUGAGGUUGCUUCUGCAAGCAACCAUUCUCUCUUUCAUAUUCUUUUCUUAAUUUUUUUCCCCAUUGCAAAUCAGUGUACAGACAACUUGGAUUGAAAGCUUUAUUGCAGCCUAAAUUAAUAAAUCCAUUCUCGUGUGAGAACGCCUGUCUGUCGUGUGAUCUUAUGUUAUUUCCCAUAUCAAUUAUUAAAAGGCAGAGUUACACACUGGUCUGUUAUUGUGGUUACAUUUCCACGCCCAUAAACAUGGCACGGCACAAAACCAAAAUGUGAUUGGUUGCUUUACCUGUCAGUCAUAAUUUCUGGCACCUUAUUUCAAUAUGAAGGGCCAGGUCAGCUGUUAAGCACUUCCAAAAAAAAAGCUGUAUACUGCAGGGCCCAACAAUAAGUACAGUCCGAUGGCCAGUGUGAAAGAUGCUCGGGACAGUUGAUGGAUUUGUCACUGCUGCAUCCUCAUGGAAGUUUAUCUUUUACACUUCUUUUUAAGCCUUGCCAAUUUAAACAUUCAAGUGAUUUUAAACCAUUCAAACGCAAGACGCCAUACAAGACAACUCCAUUCAGUGCUCGUGACUGUGUUCUCUGUGUACAGCGUGCACACAGACUCUGACAAUGCGUAAGCACCGAAUUCCUUUUUCGCGUCGUCUUGUGAUUUAAUGGUCAAAUACAUGUUGCCAAUUUGAAUAUUCCAGCAAUUUUAAAGCAUUCAAACACAAGAAGACGAGAAUAACAACUUUUAGUGUGUUCUGCGUGCACAGUACACACAUAUAGAGCUACGUCUCAGGCAAUGUGUGAGCACCGAAUUGACUUUCUUUACACAUCUCCUUGCACUUGGGUGGACAAAUAUAUAUAAAAAAGUGUGUCAAUAUACCGUCUUGACAGUUGGUUAUGACUUGGAUAAACUGGAUGUGCAUCAUUAUAUUGUAUCUGUGCAUGGUUUCUUACAGUGGCCGUGACUAAUUUAACAGCUGCUGUCAAUGUCCUUAAUGUUAAUCAAAAAAAAAAAAAAAGAAAGAAAGAAAAAGAAAAUCACUCACUGCUCUUGACUGCAUAACUUUUGUAGCUUUAACAAUGAAUGAUCUUUAUUAAUUUAUAGAGGGGAAAAAAAAUUCAAUGUUAUCUUACAUUUGAUUAUUCAGUUUCUGUUUUUGUACACCUAAAAACCUAAAGUCUCUUUAAUUUGUAUCAUUGUUCUGUUUAUUUAUUUGUGCUAUUGCUUGUACAGUAAUUUGUUCAUUUGUUCUUAUUUACUGACUUUUCACUUGUCUUUAAUAAUGCUUGAACUAUUUUUGUUAGGCUAGUAGUUUUUGCUGUGGUAUCAAAAUUAUAAUCAUGAAUUGUAAAAUUUCACUGGUAUCUAAAACUUUGAUAGCAACAACUUUUUAUUUAUUUAUUUUUUUUUUUAAUGGCAGGGCCAGUGAAAAUGUUUGCAGGGCAAGUAAAAAAAUUGAACCACCUGCCCAACGGAGCCAGUAGAAAAAAAUCCUUAGCCUUGAGCCCUGUACUGUAUGCAAACAAGAGGCCAUAGGGUAAGGCAUUUGUUAAACAAAAUGUAUUGGUUUUGAAAAGAAAGUGAUGGCAUUUAUAAAGCUUUCAAUGACUAAAGUAUAUUUAAAGUGUUUGUUAAUAUUUGUGGAAAAUAAAAAUAAACAGAUAGAUGCAAAUGAUUUUAUGGUUUGUUUGUUUUUUGUUUGUUUUUUUUAAAAUUCCAAUUUAAUGCAAAUUGUAGACAAUUAGUUAAAAACAUAUUUUCACAGACUUACUCUGAUUAUGGUAUUGUAUGGUUUUAUGGUCAUUUUAGUUGUGUGGUCUCUUUGGACAAUUUUUAAUACUGUAAUAAUUUACCAUCUGACCUAAAAAAUUAAAAGACUUUGUGUACUAGA